AUGACAUGGAGAAAGAAGCACGAGAAGCUCGCGAAUAUCAAAAUAUUACUUGUUGGAGCCGGUGGAAUCGGAUGUGAGCUUUUAAAGAAUCUUGCGUUGACUGGAUUCAAGAAAAUUGAUGUGAUUGAUCUGGACACUAUUGAUGUGAGCAAUUUGAAUCGUCAGUUUUUAUUUAGAAGAGAACAUGUCGGGCAGCCAAAGGCGAAGAUUGCUGCUGAAGCUGUUAAAUCGUUCUGUCCAUCGGUAGAAAUCAAUUAUUACCACGACAGUAUUUUCAGCGAACAAUUCAAUCUUUCAUACUUUUCUCAGUUUCAAAUUGUCAUCAAUGCUCUGGAUAAUAAAGCUGCGAGAACUCACGUAAAUCGGAUGUGUUUGGCUGCGAAGAUUCCACUAAUCGAUUCCGGAUCUUCCGGUUACGUUGGACAGGUUACUGUCAUCGUCCGUCAACAAACCGAAUGCUAUGAAUGCGUUCCAAAAGACAAUGCCCAAAAAACGUAUCCCGGAUGCACAAUUCGCAACACUCCGAGUGAAUUGAUUCAUUGCAUCGUUUGGGCGAAGCAUUUGUUCAAUCAAUUGUUCGGAGAAAUCGAUAUUGACGAUGAUGUCUCUCCGGAUGUGACUGACACGAAUGGCAAAGAAGAUGAUUCAAAUGGCGAAGAACAAACUGACGCAAAAGAGAAAACGCCUCAACCAAGUACUCGGCAAUGGGCUGAGAGUGUUGAAUAUGAUAGUGUGAAGCUUUUCGAUAAGCUCUUCUUCGCCGACAUCAAUUAUUUGUGUUCAAUGGACCAUUUGUGGAAACAACGCAAACGUCCAGUUCCACUAACCUACUCUGCCGCUUCUCAACAAGAGAAAGGUGCCACUCGUCGUGUUAAAGAUAUUCUCGAGGAUUAUAAUUCGGUAUGGACCCUUCAGGAAUGCGCCGCCGUCUUUUGCGACUGUGUUCAAUUGCUCAGCGAACGCAAGAAGAAACUCGAUGAAGGCGAUAUUCUCGUUUGGGACAAAGACGACGAGGAUGCGAUGGCGUUCGUUGCGAGCUGCGCCAACAUCCGCGCCACUAUUUUCAAUAUCAUUAAGAAAUCAUUGUUUGAAAUCAAAUCUAUGGCGGGCAAUAUAAUUCCGGCGAUUGCCACCACCAACGCCAUUGUCUCUGCGGUGACUGUUCGAGAGGCCAUCACAUUGGCUUAUAAGGAAUUCCAUGAAGCCCGAAACAAUUUUGUUCUUGAAUACAUCAAUUGUCGUGGCCAAGUUGUUGGUAAAGAUGUUCCGAAUAAGCCAAACCCGAACUGCUAUGUGUGCUCCGACAAACGCGAAUGCAUUGUGAUGCUCAAUCCUCAGCAUAUGACCGUCAAAGCUUUCAACGAUAGAAUAUUGAAGAAUAGUUUGAGCAUGCUCGCGCCAGAUGUCACCGAUGUGAUUAACAAUCGUAUUAUCAUCAGCAGUGAAGGAGAUACUGAUGCUAUUAAUUGUAAAAAGCUCAGCGAACUAUCCAUUGGAGAUGGAGCUAUUUUAUGCUGUGACGACUUCCAGCAAGAUCUUGAGCUUAAAUUGAUCAUAACUGGAUGUGCCGAUCUUAGAGGAGACGAAUUUGAGAUUCUGCAAACUGGAAAAGAAGAACCUUCCGAAGAAACGAGAAAGAGGAAAGCCGAUGAAGAAAAUGGAAACGGAGCUAUCGAAUCCGAACAAAAGAGACCCCGUGUUGCUGUUUAA